AUGGCUACUACUCUUAAUUCUAUUCUUAUAAGCUCCGCAUCAGCACUGAUUUUAUAUUGGUUAUAUCAAAGAAGGCACGCAAUUUUCAAUAUCUCUCCUUCAUAUAUAUUUAAAAUUUUUUAUGGGACCGAAAGUGGAACUGCUGAGCGCUAUUCCUAUUCCCUUAAAAAAUUUCUUUCCCAAUCACCCAAAGUAAAGGCCUUUGUUUCCAAUCUAAAUAAUUUUGAUCAAGUAAAUAUGCGCCUAUCAAAUAAUUUAAAUAUUUUUAUUGUUGCAACAUAUGGUGAUGGAAAGCCUCCAGAUGAUGUUUUCGAUUUUGACAUUUGGCUUCGUGAACGGGGAGAUAGCUUUCCAGAUUUAAAUUUUGUAGUUUUUGGGCUCGGUGAUUCAAGCUACUUGGAGUUUAAUGAGUUUGCAAAGCAAGUCGAUUGCAGAUUUCAUAAACUUCGAGGUGUUCGAAAAAUGCCAAUUUGUCUUGGUGAUUGUGCUCAUAACAUUGAGGCCGAUUUUCAAUGCAAAAUUGAUGCUCUUCCGAUACUAGAAGAUGAAUACGAAAUCACUCAUCCAACUGCUUCAGAAGUUGAAUCCCUUGGAGGCGCUUUUACAGGUGAACCAGGGCAUCUAAACUCUUACCGAUUCAAUGCUCCUUCCUUCUCGCCAGUUAAUCCAUUUGUGGCUCCCAUUAUUGUGAAUUCAGAGCUCUAUUCGUGCUCUGAUCGUUCAUGUAGGCUGAUUGAACUGGACUUCAACAAAUCGGAUAUUAAAUAUGUUGCUGGUGAUCAUUUGGCUAUUCUUCCACGUAAUUUAGAGAAGCUGGUUCUAUUAUUGUGUAACCUUUUGAACGUUGAUCCUCAGGAUUAUAUCCAAAUCCGAAGUCUUUCGAGUUCUUCUAAGAAGUAUCCAAGCCGCUUUCCCACUCCAUGUACAUAUAUGACCGCGUUCACACAUUACCUGGAUAUAACGUCCCCAAUUCGAUUUGAUUUAAUUGAAAAUGAUGAGAACUCGUAUGAACGGUGGAUUCUAGCUUCGAUGAGAGGUAUUGUUGAAGUUUUGGAGGAUUUGCCUUCCUGUCGGCCAUCGGCAGAUUUGAUCUGUCGGCUACUACCCCGUUUGCAGCCGCGUUUCUACAGUGUCGCAUCUUCAUCCAGAUAUCAACCUAAUCGACUUCGGCUUAUUGUCAAGGCCGUGGAAUAUACUUCCCUCACUGGGCGACUACACGCGGGGGUUGCUAGCACCUACCUCGGGAGUUUGGGUCCUGGUGACAGCGUUCCUGUCUACUUGCGACGCUCGGAGUUUAAGCUGCCUCGAAGCCCCCUGACUCCCAUAAUUAUGGUUUGUGCUGGCACUGGUAUUGCGCCAUUCCUAGGGUUUCUUCAAGAGAGAACCUUUAUCAAGUCAAAAGGUGGGAGAUUGGGUGAAGCAAUGCUCUUCUACGGUUGUCGAAAUCGUGGUCAAGAUUGCAUUCUCCCUAACGAAUUAAAUGAAGCUCUUGAGAGGGGAGUUUUUUCUCACCUCCAAAUAGCCUAUUCUCGUGAUCAGGAACACAAAAUCUACGUCCAACACUUAAUGCGUGACCUAUCUGAAACCAUUUGGGCUCUCCUAAAAUUUCGUUGUGGAUAUUUCUACGUUUGCGGUGACUCCAAGAACAUGGCCCGUGACGUAAAACACACACUGGUGCAGAUCUUUCAGCAGCAUGGAGCGAUGACGCGAAUUGAGGCUGAGGAGUAUUUUCAAGAGCUGAAAUUAGCUAAUCGGUGUUUGUUUGAUGCUUGGUCAUGA